GCUCGUUUGAUUUACCAGUUUCAAGAUGAGACACAAGUCUAUCUGUAAUCAACACGAUCCGUUCGUAUGAUUGAUUCGAUCUGUGAUGGGAUUAAAGUCCAUCCAUAAUCAGAACGAUCCGCUCGUUUGAUUUGCCUGUUUCAAGAUGAGACACUAGUCCAACAGUAAACAGCACGACCAGCUCGUUUAGUUAAGAGGCUUGAAAAAAAAAAUGUUACAAGUUGUCAUGACCACAACUGUUGCCAUGACUGUUUCUAUAGUUAUUUCAAAUUGUGUUUACAGGUAUCCUAGGCUAUAAGUGUGAUUCAGAAAUAAAUUUAUCUUGUUUUAGUUUUCAUAAUUAAAUUUUAAUAAGAAUAACUUUUCUAAAUGCAGUUGGAUUUUAACAUACCACCAUUUGUGGAAAAUGGUGAUGGUCGAGCAAGAAUUUGUUGGGAAGCUUGGAAAGAACAAUUCAUGGCUUAUUUAGCUCUAAAGUCCGUAGAAGAUCACGACGAAAAAUAUAAAGCUCUUAUGUGUUUUGGAGGACCCGAUGUAAGGAAAAUCGCUCAAACUGCUAAGUUUGAAGGAUCAUAUGUGAUAGAUAAUCCAUUCCGUGCCGCAAUGGAUGUCCUAGAUGAUUAUUAUUCACCCAGGAUGUCUCUACGUUACGAAAGAUUUAGAUUUCGCCAGAUUAAAUUCAACCCCCAUGAGAAGUUAGAUCAUUUCAUUGUAAGAGUUAGAUCACAAGCAGCUUUGUGUGAUUUCGGAGACCAGUUGGAUGAAAUGAUAAUGGAUCAAAUUGUGUUUGCUACAGAAGCGGAUGAUAAACUACGUGCCAAAUACCUGGAAUGUGAUCGUACUUUGGAAGAUAUGAUGAAGAUUGGUCGAACACAUGAAUCUGUAAAGGCUCAGGUUCAAGAGUUGCGAAAUAAAGGCGUGUUUGAUUCUGCAGACGUUUGUGAACUUACUAGAAGAAAGAAUAAAUGUAACAGAUGUUCAGGAAACCAUUUAGGAAAUGAUCCAAAAUGCCCCGCACGUUCCGAGUUAUGCCGUUUGUGUGGUAAGAUUGGACAUUUCGCAAGAUGCUGUAAAUCGAAUCGGAGAAACUCGCAAAACAUCAUUAGUAAGCCUCAUAAUCCCUCUGAAAUUAAAAAUGAAAAUAUGCAGAAAGCCAGAAAACAAAAGUUUAUUCGGGAAAUAGAAGAUACUACAGAGAAAGUCGAAAUCCAUGAUCUUUUUCAUAUUAACGGAAAACGUUCGGUUAUGGUUGAUGUUGGAGGAGUCCUAAUAAAGUUCGUCGUGGAUACUGGAGCCGAUGAAGAUGUAUUAAGUAUGGCUGAUUGGAAAACUAUGAAGCGUAUUGGAUUCAGAAGUUUUGGUGUGAGGAAAGGGAGUAAUAAAAUUUUCCAAGCAUAUGGAAGCAAUAAACCUUUGGUAGUUCUUGGAGAGAUCGAGGCGGAAAUCAAGUACGGAAACUCAAAUUGUGACACAACAUUAUAUGUAAUACAAAAUGGAAAGUGUUCGUUAUUAUCCGGAAAAACUUCUGAAGCUCUAGGUAUAGUAAAAUUUUUACACCAAAUUCCGAAAACACCCUACCCUUCUAUUAAAGAUAUGUAUGCAUCAAUCAAAAUAAAUAAAUCGAUCCCACCUGUAAAACAGACUUUACGACGUAUACCCAUCCCAUUAGAAGAACUUACUCUUUUUAAGUUAAAAGAACUUCAAAAUCAAGAUAUCAUUGAACGAGUGAAUGAAGCAUCUGAGUGGGUUUCACCAAUGUUGAUAAAGCGAAAAAGUGCUAAUGAGGUUGAAAAAAAAAUAGGUAAUAAUAAAAAUUUUUUAUACUACUAGAAUGUUUCAUAUUUAAGGUUAGAAUAAUAAUUGAUUUGCGAGAAGCUAACAAAGCCAUUAUACGAGAGGUUCAUCCUUUACCUACAAUGGAACAAAUGGCUUGUAAAUUAAAAGGAAGUAAAUUUUUUACAAAAUUUGACAUAAAACAAGCAUUCUAUCAACUUAAAUUACGAGAAGAUUGUCGAUACAUUACAACAUUCAUUUCUCCAAUUGGUCUCAUGCGAUAUAAGCGUUUAGUUUUUGGAUUACCGGCAGCGCCAGAAUUGUUUCAAAAGUGUAUGGAAACAAUUUUAGGAGAUUUCCCUUGGAUAAUCAUAUUUAUUGAUGAUAUUCUAAUAUACGCACCUGAUGUAUAUUCUUUAAGAACUAGAACA